ACUCGCCACCGUUUUAACUUGGAUGCACAGCUUGUCUGAAGAAUCAUCCUUUCAGGGCCCAGUUAUGUCGUCCCCAACUGUAGCAGCACAGAGAAACCUCCUCGUUGCGACACUUGUGCUUCUUCUCGUAGCGAUUUCUAGCGGGAACACCAGCAGCAAAUCACCUGUGAGCAAAGGCGGGAUGUUUCGCCAAGACUAUCGCGAUGUGAAUCCAAUCCCUCGGCCAUGGCUACCACUGAGACCAGGACCAAUCGUCUUCAUAAGGCCCGUUCCUCGCUCUCCUCCACCUCCAAAAAGUUCACUCUCGCUUCCGCCGGCACCGAGUCCUCUCCCGGGACCACAGGGACGUCGGAGGACCAAAAAGACGUUGCCAGGCUCACGAACUUGACGUCUUCAC